AUGACGACCGUUCAGCCCGAACUUUCCCAGCUCCACCCAGACCCGAGGCACAUUUACCGAUUUUGGCAGAUCUUUGUCGAGGCCGUCAACCCAUUGUUGAAGAUCAUCCAUGUGCCGACCCUACAGCAGCAGAUCCUUGACGCAAGUUGGAACCCGGCCAGUGCAUCAAAGCCGCUCACAGCCAUUCUUUUCACCAUCUACACCCUGGCUGUCACCUCCACGUCCAUUGAAGGCUGCCAGGCUACCUUUGGCGAAGCCAGGAGCACGCUCAUACUGCGCUAUCGGACAGCCGCUCUGCGUGCUCUCAUAGCAGCCGACUUCCUCACCACGCGAGACUUUGAGGUCUUGCAAGCUUUUGUUCUCUUUCUCUUCUCUGACCCCGACUCGGAGUUGACGUCUACUCUUACUGGCGCCGCCAUUAGGAUCAGCCAGAAGAUGGGUCUGAACAGGCCGAAGCCGGAUCCAAAAGUAUCGGUAUUCGAGACCGAAAUGCGUAUACGUCUAUGGUGGCAGUUGAACGGGUUGGAUUCUAGAGUGAGAAUCGUUAAAGUUGCGGGCAUGCGACUCCCACCAUCCGAGAGUGAGUUCGGCGACAUCCGCCUCCCGCUAAACGUCAAUGACGCGGACUUGCAUCCGGAAAUGACGGAGCUACCACCGGAACACCCGGGCGCAACAGAAAUGCUCUGCGUGUUGAUGAAGUUUGAGACCUUCAAUAUUAUCAGAUCUUCCAGUAGAGCUGUCAAGGUCUUUGAUGUCAUUAUCCACGGUCCUGGGAAAGACAAGCCCCCAUCAAAGCUGGAAGAUGACGCGAUCAACGAGAUUGAGGCCAUUUAUCAUGAAAAGUUCAUUCGACACCUGGACAGGAAUAUUCCUCUCCACGCUCUAGUAUAUACCAUGACGAGGCUCACACUGGCUCGCUUCCGGUGCAAGGUCCACAGCCCGCGAGGCCGGGCUAAUAGCAACGGAGAGGUUUUCAUGACGCGCGAGGAGGGUGACCUAGUCUUUGACUGGAGUGUGACCUGGCUGGAAAUGAUGGAGAUUGCUAUGAGCAGCAAGUUCUCUUCGCACUUCAUCGCGCAUAUGACGACGAAAUUCACCGUGGAUGUCUACAUCUAUAUCCUCAGUGAUCUCCGCAAGAGGGUCUCUGGUGAGCGGGUCACCUUGGCUUGGAAGCUCAUAGAGAGUCUUUACGGAUAUCAUCCGGAGCUGGUUGAGAACACGCAAAGUUCCUUUUAUGUGGCUCUCGGGGACCUGACAUUGGAAGCUUGGGAAGCUAGGAGGAGAGAGCUGGUCAACGUCCAGGGGAGUGCCAGCGGCAGACUUUCAGACUCUUGA